AUGCUGACGGGCGCCGCUGACCUGGAGCAGGAGAACCAGGAGAAUGUGCCCCCCGGCGGCAAAGCGCGGCCGCCCGCCGCCGCCUCCGGGGCCCGCCCGGUGCUGGCGCUGCUGCGGGGCAACCAGCGCCGCCCGACCCAGCAGCAGGCUGCUCUUGCUCACGCACCCUGGAGUAUUAAUGAUGAAAACUAUGGCAAAGUUCCAGCUGGGAAAGCGGGUAACAAACAGCCUGCUUUUGCCAUCCAUAUGGAUGAGCCUGAUGGGGAGAGACGAAAGAGACAAGUGGUUCCUAAAAAGGCUGUGUCCCAUGAAGAGGUUCUAGGCUUAAAUACUGCUGUAACGUCAUUAGGAGACAGAAAACCCUUAGCACCCCUAGACAAUCCAAUGGAUCUUAGUUUUGAUUCUCCAAGUAUUAUGGAUAUAUCAGUAACUCAAGAAGUGGAAGAAAAAGUAAAUGUUAACCAGGUGCCAGACUACAUUGAAGACAUCUAUACAUACCUUAGGGAAAUGGAGGUGAAAUGCAAGCCUAAAGUGGGUUACAUGAAGAAGCAGCCUGAUAUAACAAACAAUAUGCGAGCUAUUCUUGUGGACUGGCUGGUGGAAGUUGGAGAAGAAUAUAAAUUACAGAAUGAAACUCUGCACUUAGCUGUAAACUACAUUGAUAGAUUUCUUUCCUCAAUGUCUGUGCUGAGAGGGAAGCUUCAGCUUGUGGGGACUGCAGCUAUGUUGCUAGCAUCGAAGUUUGAAGAAAUCUACCCUCCUGAAGUAGCAGAGUUUGUUUACAUCACAGAUGAUACCUACACCAAGAAACAAGUCCUAAGGAUGGAGCACUUAGUGUUGAAAGUCUUGUCAUUUGACUUGGCAGCUCCAACAAUAAACCAGUUCCUCACUCAGUACUUCCUACACCAGCAGACUAAUGUUAAAGUGGAACAUUUAUCAAUGUAUCUGGGGGAGCUGAGUUUAAUUGAUGCUGACCCAUACUUGAAAUACUUGCCAUCACUUAUUGCUGCUGCUGCAUUUCAUCUAGCAAGCUAUACAAUCACUGGACAAACCUUGCCUGAAUCUCUGUCCAAAAUGACAGGAUAUACCCUUGAAAGCCUUAAGCCUUGUCUCAUGGACCUCCAUAAGACCUACCUCAGAGCAGCACAACACACACAACAGUCUAUAAGAGAGAAAUACAAGAGUACAAAGUACCAUGGAGUAUCACUCAUUGAUCCACCAGAGACACUAAAUUUAUCAUAA